UUUGUCGGCAGACUAGCAGUAGGUUUUUGCGAAAAUCUCUCACAAGUUGUCCAAAACAUAGCCUGGUUUCGACAUUUACUUGACGUCUGCUGCUACACAGCACCUUCGGACAACUCCUUGGCCACGUUUUGACGUAAUUUUCCUGAAAACAAAGCUGUUGUCUGACGGAACAAGAUCCCCAAAAUGUCGUCAGACGUUCCCGUCAACAGUUCUUCACCUGACUGGAAGAGGCCUCCGAAAGUCAUCACAAUUAAGCGGAGGAAGAAGAACGGUCAAUCAACUAACAAGCUAACCGUCCCAGACGGUGUCUUAAGAACGAGAAAUGCCGGCGACGCCUCAGAAGAUGCAAGAAUGAAGUCCAAAAGGAGAAACCCGUUUGGUUGUGGCUCCCUCCCAAAGAGGGCAAAUGUUGGGACGUCUGGUUCUGUGCGGACACUGUCGUCUGAUAGAGAGGAAGACAACAUGACGGGGCCUGACGUGGAGGGGAAACUUCUGGCAGGACUGUCUCAACUAGAUGAGGAACAGAAAUUGCAGACACCUUCACUGUCUGCUGACGUGCAUCAAAAAAGACCAGCGACAGAUGAUCCACUCAAUGGUGGUCCAACUAUAGAUGCAGAACCUCCAAAAGACAGCCAAGCACAGGUGGAGGAGAAAGAGACGCCAGAAAGUUUGACUCAAGUUGGUAGCCGUGAACUGCCUGAAGAUUUGAGCCUGAAGUCACGGGUAAGGUUCACCUCCCCCCACCCCUUCUCCUGGUGCAGUAGGAUCAAGACAACAGACGAGGCUUCAGGAGUCUGUGGGUUUGUCAGGGGCCAGGAGAAAAACACACUGGCAGAUCCUGAAAGUUGGGCUUCUAGUUUCCAGCAGUGUGUGAUGACAUGGAUCCAUCCCAACCUACCAUGGCUGAGACUCUUCCCUAGGAUAGUAUCUACCAGUAGAAAGGUGGACAGCAAAGGCCCACCAGCGACUAUCAUCCCAAACAUACAAGAGGCAUUACUUUCUGACUGGACCAACAGUUUCCGGUCAGUAUUCCAGCUGCUGAAGGCCCAGAUGUGUCCGUAUUUCUAUGUGUGUGGACACCAGUUCACCGUGCUGUUCCAUGGUGUUCAGACAGGUGGCGCUAAAUCCCUGGGCGCACUUCUGACUCCAACAUCUCGGGGACUCAGGGAGGCUCUGGAUAACGAAGGAGUUAGCUUCAAGAUGCCCCUUGCAGCCAGGCAGUCUGGUGGUUCAGAUCCCAGCAGAAAGUUGAGCACAGAUGGCAAGCAGGAUGAUGGUGCUAGUGAGGCAUGUCCAGAGAAAAGUGAAAAAAGAGGUGAUAUGAGCGAUGAAGAUGAUGAUGAUGAUGAUGACAUCACCAUAGAUGACUCUGGAGCGUCCUGUUGGUUAGAGAGCAUGGGACUGGACAAGAGCAGCUUCCCUGAGUUAGACCCCAGGAAGGUCAAAGUUCAGAGAAGCAAGAUGAAGAGUAUCGACCAUUUCCCAGAAUCCCUUGUGCAGGUGUCUGGAGGCGACACCCAGGCCCUGUUCAACUUCCUCAUCAACAGUAAGAGUCUGGUCACCCAAUCAGGGCCUCUGGCUGGGGUCCCGCCCACCCUUCUGGCUCCUGUAGCCUUUGAAGGAGCAACACUAAGGGCACUGAAGGUCAAACAAGGCAGCAUCAGACAGACCAUAGCUGGCAAGUUAACCCAGGUCAACAGCCUGGAGGUCAGUGGCCCCCUGCUUCCCUGCCAUGUACAACAACUGUGCUCACUCUUCCAACACUCACAACAUGGUGACUUCAGCACUGUGUUCAGUACACAUGAGGCCACUGCCACAUUCAACAGACUCAGGGAUACAGAAUCCAUGAUUGUAGAAGAGAACAGUAUGACAAAAGAACUCCGUACUGAAGACAUUAAGGAGCUUGUGUGUGAGAAAGGGUUGUAUAAGUGGACAUCAUGAUAUAUAUAUAUAUCCUCAUGGUGCGUUUGGUUCAUAUCUAAAAGACUACCUUCUACCUACAUGUAUAUACUAGUAGUAGCGUACCGUAUAGGUUGAAAUAAUUUGUUAAAAUAAUUCUGCAAAACUGUAAAUUUUGAAUGUUAGACAUAAUUGAAUUUUGUUUAUACCUGAAGGACCUUGUGCCAACAUGUAUAUACUAGUAAUAGCAUACUGUAUGACUACAUUUGUUAAGAUGAAUUUGCAAAACUGUAAAUUUUGACUGUUAGACAUGAUGAAAAUGUGUGCUACCUAAGUGAAGUGAGAUUUUGUAAUGUAAAUUACUUGUUGUAUAGUAAUGUUAGAUAAGUUGGAAUUGUCUCAUUGAGGAUCUUGGAAUCUUGGAAUUUGACAAGCGAAAAUGAAUGUAGAUGUUUGUACGUAAUACAGUGUGUAAAAGAAAUAGCACUAAAUGCAGCAAAUCUCUUCUAAAUGUUUUUCUCUAGAGCUAUUCUUAACAAUGCCCUGUUAUGUCUACAAUGAUACUCAAUUUACAUGUAUGUUUUUUUCAUCAAUGAUUUCAUCACAGCAUCUCUUCAUCAUACAGAAAGUUUUAAUAUUCAAAACGCACAACAAUCAUCAACAACACAAGAAGUUUUAAAUACAAAUUAUCUACCAUCUUACUUGACUACAUGUAGCUUGCAUUGUGCAAGUGUGUUCAAAACUAAAAACUGUAUACAUUUUGUACAUUCAUGUGGUACAAUAAACACUUGGCAUUAGUGAGAAUG